GGGACAAUCCUUACGUAAUUCAAGACAACACAAAAAAAUGGCUGAAUAUUUCAUGUAUUAUCACUUGAUUCUGUUCAUCACUUACCUAUAUUCUUGUCCAUCAUUGAGCUUAGAAACAGACAGAAUCACAUCCAGCACCCUCCUCAAAGACCCCGACACCAUAACCUCCCCGCGGAACGUCUUCAAAUUCGGGUUUUUCAGCCCAGCCGGCACCACCAACCGCUACGCCGCGGUCUUCUACACCGUCUCCCCUACAACCAUCGCAUGGAUUGCCAACCGAGACCAUCCCCUCCCCGACUCCUCCGGCGCCGCCACCAUCUCCAAAGACGGCAACCUUAUACUCACCGACUCCAACAACCAAACCAUCUGGUCCACUAAUGCCACCACAUCCUCUCCCGCCAACACCACUCUCCGGAUCGGCGACACCGGCAACCUCAUCCUAACAGACGAUGCAACCGGCGCCACCCUGUGGGAGUCGUUCUCGCGGCCCUCGAACGUCCUGCUCCCAACCAUGAAGAUUAUAGACAGCGGUAGAACAGAAAACAGAGUCACACUGAAGUCAUGGAGGAGCGCCUCCGACCCCGGACUCGGAAACUUUUCAUUUGGGAUCAGCAGGUGGAGAAUCCCGCAGCAGUUCGUGUGGGAGGGAAGGCGGCCGGUGUGGCGGAGCGGGCCAUGGAACGGACUGAUAUAUCUCGGGAUACAAGACAUGUUCCGCUACUAUGUUCGCGGAUUCAGCGCUUUGAGCAACGACAGCGCUGGAGACUUGGUGUAUGUGAUUCCUCAGCAGAAUGUGCUGAUGAUGUUGAUGUUGAAUGCUUCUGGAAACAUUGCGCGGAUGAUUUGGGAUGAUCAGAGUAGGAGCUGGGAGAAGGUGUGGUCGGCUCCGGAUAAGGCCUGCGAUGCGUAUGGCAAGUGUGGGCCGUUUGGGAGCUGCGACGACGCUGGCUCUCCGGUCUGCUCUUGUAUGAGAGGGUUCGAGCCCACGAGUAGAGAGGAAUGGAGUGGAGGGAACUGGAGCAGCGGCUGCUCCAGGAGGAAUCAGUUGCAUUGUGAUGGAAAUGGAGAUGGAUUCUGGAAGAUGCGGUUUAUGAAGGUUCCGGAUUUUGCUGAGCCAUUUCCAGCUGCAGGGGAGGGCGAGUGUCGAAGGAGAUGCUUGGCCAAUUGUUCGUGUCUGGCUUAUGCUCAUGAGUCCAACAUUGGUUGUAUGAUCUGGAAUGAUGUUCUGAUUGAUGUUGAGAAAUUCAACGGUGUUGGAGUCGAUCUUUUUAUUCGUCUCUCUGCUUCAGACUUGGAUCACAAAAGAGACAAGAAACUUUACAUCAUCAUUCCAGUAGUUGCAGCUUUCAUUUUCAUCUUGUUUGCUUGGUGGUGGAUGGUGAAGAGCAAGAGAAAAGAAGCAGGGCAGAUAUCUUCAUCAGUUUGGAGUGCCAUGGUGUUUGAACCGGAGUCGGAUAAGGUUAACACCGGGGAGCUGCCACGAUUCACUUUUGAGAUGCUGACAACUGCAACCGAUCAGUUCCGUGCGAGCAAUCUUCUUGGGAGGGGCGGCUUUGGUCCUGUUUACAAGGGAAUUCUGCCAGAUGGAAAAGAAAUCGCUGUCAAGAGACUGUCAACGGAAUCUGGACAAGGAUAUCAAGAAUUCAUGAACGAAGUCAUGCUGAUGUUGAAGCUCCAGCAUAGGAAUCUAGUCAGAUUGCUGGGAGCAUGUGUGGAGAAAGAAGAGAAGAUUCUGAUUUAUGAAUACAUGCCAAAUAGAAGCUUGGACUUUUGUCUCUUUGACGCUAAACAUCCUUGGCAAAACGCCCUAGAUUGGAAGAAGCGUUUUAAUAUUAUUGAGGGCGUUGCGCGAGGCCUUGUGUAUCUUCACAGGGACUCUCGACUCAGGAUAAUUCAUCGUGACCUCAAGCCGAGCAACGUGCUUCUUGAUGCAGACUGGAACCCCAAAAUCUCAGAUUUUGGUAUGGCACGGAUAUUCGGAGGCAACCAAGACCACCACGACACUGCAAGAGUCGUAGGAACAUUGAGAUAUAUGGCACCAGAAUACGCAAUGGAAGGCAGAUUCUCCGAAAAAUCGGAUGUCUACAGCCUGGGAGUCCUUAUGUUAGAGAUAGUAAAAGGGAAACGGAACUCAGACUAUUACAAUCAUGAAUGGUCUUUGAGCCUCUUAGGAUGUGCAUGGAAAAUGUGGAGUGAAAACAAUGGCUAUGGUUUUGGUGAUGAAAGCAUAGCAAGUCCGGAGUUGGAAGAAGACAUGGUGAGAUGCAUUCAGAUUGGGUUACUGUGUGUCCAAGAUUCUCCCAAAGAUAGGCCUAUUGCUCAAACAGUUGUGUCGAUGCUCAGCCGAGAAAUCGAGCAUCUUCCAGCUCCGAAGCAGCCAACCUUGGCGGAGAAGUGGCAUGCCUCCGCCACUGGUUUGACAGAACUACCAAACCAUGUUAGAUACUCAAUGAGUGACCUCACUCUCACUACUCUUCAAGGUCGAUGAUGUUUGCAAAAUAUGGACUCUAUUCCCAACUUUGAUCAUGUGCUAGUAUUUAUCUAUGUUGUUCCUGUAAUAACUCAUGCCAAUUUUUUUACCAGCUAAAACUGAAAAGUAGAUAAAGUUUGUCGAGAA